AUGAAGAUGGACCCUCCUCCAACGUCGUCGAUAGUGCCGCAUGAUGGUGCCCCAAAAACAUCGUCAAAGAAAAAGUCGGCUAGGCCCGCGGCGCCUACCAAGAUGGAGAAGGAGGCCGACCUGGUGAUGGGAACGAAUAAUAGUAGCAUUGUUUCGAAAAGGAGCGUCGAGCUUCGAUACUUCCCCCAAUACCAAUUCUUUCGUCCUUUCGUGAAGAAACCCCAGAGAAGGGCGCCCUUGAUAAACAGAGGAUACUGGCUUAGAAUGCAUGCAAUUGCUGAAACAGUCCGUCAAUUCCUGCAAAGGCCAGAUACGCGACACAAAUUUGUCCUGAAUCUUGGAUGUGGAUAUGACCCGUUGGCCUUUCAACUUCUCAAGACCGAGAAGUCAAUAUGUAAUAAUGCGACAUUCGUGGACAUUGAUUACGAGAAAUUGAUGGGCAUCAAAAUGUCCGUCAUCCAAAAAACGGAAGAACUAAAGAGUAUAUUGGGAGAUAUAAAAGUAUUCCCGGAUCCAAGCCCUGUGCUUCUGCGAGCUGCGCACUACGUCGCCGUGGGCUGCGAUUUAAAAAACUUGAAGAAACUUGAAGAGGCUUUGAAGGAAGUCCUAGGGCCAUCUCCGGUCUCGGUCCUCUGCAUAGCAGAAGUCUCGCUUACUUAUAUGGAUGUUCAAUCAGCAGACGCUCUCAUUUCAUGGUUUCCAACGUUGGGCAAAGAUAUACAAUUCUACGUUCUGGAGCAAUACUUCCCAGACGGGCCUGAUCACCCCUUCGCGUCUACUAUGAUGAAACACUUCCACAAACUCCAAGCCCCCCUUCAUUCUAUCCACAAGUACCCGACUAUGUCAUCGCAAGAGCAACGGUUCACUUCGCAAGGAUGGCGGUAUGCCUCUGCCAGGAGUCUGUGGGACAUUUGGAAUGACGAUUCAUUUCUCAGUAAAUCUCAACGAAUGGGAUUGGAUUCUAUAGAAGCAUUUGAUGAGUGGGAGGAGUUUGCAUUGUUUGCUUCGCAUUAUUCUGUUGUCACAGCUUCCACCUUUGAGCAGGAAUCCUCUCCCAAAAGCAAUGAGAGCAGGCCUUGCAGUGACUUGCAGAAAGCUUCACUGAAAUUGGUAGCUUACCAUCCAGUUUCUUUUAGGGGUCACCGGAGAUUCGCUGCUGCGGUGCCAGAUAGUGAUCGAUCUAUAGGCGUUCACGGAGGGCUAGGUAGUCAAUCUCGUCUCUUGUCUACGGAUGUUUACUAUCGAGGCGCAGAGGAUACUCAGCCUGCUGGCUCUUUGCCAACUCACCAAAUUUCAGCACGUAUGUGCCAUACCAUCACAACGCUCCGUGAUGGAGAUUGUAUCUUGGUUGGGGGUCGUGCAUCGCCUAAUGCAGGCUUGGAUGAUUGUUGGUUCCGAAAAGAUAAUGUCUGGAAACGGACACAUACUCUACCAUGUCCACGCUUUCGCCAUUGUGCGGUACCUGUAAAAUCAGACGACAAUAUUGAGGGCGUGUUGAUAUAUGGCGGAAAAAACAGCAAGAGUGAUGUCCUGGAUGACUGGUUGCUCUGGAAUGAACAAAGGGGAUGGCAGGCCGUCAAAGUAGUAGGAAAACCUGACCUUGCUAGCCGAUUUGGUGCUCAGAUGGUAGCUAUUGAUUCUUCAUCUGGUUAUUUAUUCGGAGGCAUGUCUCAGGAUGGAAUAGUCCUCAAUGACUUUUGGAAGUGGAACUUGGUGAUGGAAAAAGAUGGCACGGGGGUUAUUCACCUUACGGAAUUAUCUGAAAAACUUCGGAAUGCUACACAUCUCGCAGACUUUGUUGCUGGACGAUUUGGUGCGACGGUAAACGUUGUGUCGAACAAGCUUCUGGUUAUAGGCGGAAUCACCAUCCAAGGUGUUAUUCCAGAGAAAAUGGAAAUUCUAUGCUUGGACAUUGCAGAGCUUAGUCAAAACGAGUGGAGUCCAUCUAUCAUACAAACAAUUGAUGCCCACUACGAGUCGCCAGCAUUGCGACCGCUUCUCGCCGGUCAUGUCUCAGGGGUCGUUGAUUCUUCAGUGAUUGUGGUGUCUGGUGGGGUGGUCUGUUUCUCAUUCGGAACUUUCUGGAACAACUACAUCUGGCAAAUAUGUGAUGCUUCAGCUGAUACACCGGAAGAGUGGAGGUAUCUCCAGGUGUCAGAAGAAGCCAAGUAUAUGAAAUUGGCAGAUGCAUCUUCUAGGAAACCACUCAAUGAGCCGAGCAAACGUAACGAAAUCAAAGGCAUCCCGCGGAUGGCUAUCCAAACAGCGGCAGAAUUUGAGUCGAUUAUGAAUCAGGCAAAACCAGUCGUGAUCACUGGAUUGAACAUAGGAGCAUGUACGGAGAAAUGGUCAAAGGGUUAUCUAGUCGAUACUCUUGGAUCUGAUCGUAAAGUCGUGGUCCAUGAGGCUCAGAGCGAUCAUAUGAAUUUCCAGAGGAAAAACUUUUCAUACAAAACCAAAGACUUUGGCACGUUUAUGGAUGAAAUCAACCAAGGAAGCCGUCAGUAUUUGAGGUCGAUUUCGAGCGACCAACCGGCCAAAAAGGCGGCGAGCUUCGAACAGGAUUUCCCCGAGAUCAAGGAUGAUUUCGCCCUUCCGGAGCAAUUGAAUUUUGCCAGGGACAAUACUCAUAGUUCUCCUUUACGUGUCUCAGGGCCCGUUACGAUGUGGUUACAUUACGAUGUCAUGGCCAACGUGUACUGCCAGAUCCGGGGGCAGAAAAAGCUGGUAUUAUACCCUCCUUCCGACGUAGAACAUCUGCAGCUACCGCCCGGCGCAUCGAGCUCCACACUCGACAUAUUCGCCAGCGACAACAAUAUCAAGACCUGGCUAGUGUCCGUGCCCCAUACAUCCCCUCAUGAGGCGACCCUGGGUCCGGGGGACAUCUUGUUCAUUCCGCCUCUAUGGCUGCAUGCCGCUACACCCGUAGCAGGCGUCAGUAUCGCAGUCAAUGUAUUCUUUCGCAAUCUGGACAAGGGAUAUGCUGCGGGACGAGAUGUUUAUGCCAAUAGGGAUCUAGAGGCGUACGAGAAGGGUAGGAGUGAGGUGGAGAAGAUUGUGAGGUCUUUUGAUGGGGUUCCGCCUGAUAUUGCUCGUUUUUAUCUGGUGAGGUUGGCGGAUGAGUUGAGACAAAAGGCUCAUGUGUGA